CACUGAUAUAAACUGUUUUAAGCGACUCCGUAUUAUUUCAGAUAAACAGAACUUCAAAAACAUGCAUUCUAUUGGCGGGUGGAAGCUUGCGCAGCGUCCAAACUACGUCACGAACACUAACAAAACUUAUCCUUACUCUGAAUGCCCAUAUUUGGGAGAAUAUCGCUUAGUAAAGCUACCGGUCUCCCUCAACAACUUAAUCGAACAUGUUGACUAUUGGGGCGAAGGCAGGAUAGUCACACAGCAUGGAAUCAGCGGUUUUUCAGAUUGCUAUAACGUUAACCAUGUGUUCCAACUCGUGAGUAACGGUCCCGACCGGGGCAGGAAGAUACCGAACAGGAUCCCAGUCGUAAACUAUGUCAACUGCGACACCAGCCCCUACAUUAAGGACCACUCCGUCGAGGUCGUCACCGUGAUGGGAGCACCAAUAAACAACAGCUGUGCUAGAGAUAUUGCAAGGAUGAUCAAUCCAGACGUCGGUAAGGUUGUCGCAUACGGAUUUGAAACUAACUCAGCUGAAAUAAGAAACCUAAGAACAGAAUUGAAGAAAAUAUCCAUGUUCCACUAUCCUAAAUACACUUUACCCAGUAAAUUACAAGGGUUGACGUUAUUUGACAGCGACAUGACAUUUUUAAAUCUGACGGAAAUAAAAGACAUUCUAUAUAAGAAGGUAACAGAUGGAUCUUAUGAUGACGCCAUCAGUUUGACUAAGGAUAUGGACUCCGAGGCCGGUUCGGAAGCUGUCGGCGAUGUUGUCAUCAAACUUAUAGGUGAAAAGUGCGUUAAUGUUAUGACGUAUGCUUACAAACUAUGGAACACUGGAGCUACGGACGUUAUAUACAACAGUUUCCCAACUCCUUUCCAACUCAUUUUAAAAGGAGAAGUUGUAACGAUAGUCAGCAAAGAAUAUCAACAAGCUAUGAAAUUAGAUGCGAGCGAUCCAAAAACCGAUACACCUGUGCUUGGUGACAGUACUGAUAAAAUAAGCAAGAAAGUAAGUUGGAAGUUCCAGACACAGAUUGAGAAUAAUGACGUUGUAUUUAAAAUAUGUAAUUUAGAACAUAACAUGUAUUUGAAGUUGGACGCAAAUACGGACAGCUUGGGCGAUAGAAAAGUUUUAGCUUCAGCCGAUAGCGAAGUAAAUUAUACGUAUUAUGUGGAGCCUGUGAUGACGAAUGGGCAUGUAGUCUUCCGUCUGAUAGAUUCUCAGUAUCAUCAAGCUGUAAAAAUUGAUGAUAAAGAAGGUUCUCAUGGCAACAGAUCACUUUGGGGACAUAAUGGGGAUCCGUGGGGUAAUAACAAAUCACUGGACUGGGUGAUUGCAGCGAAUACAAAGAUUUGGGAAAAGGAAGCCAUUGAAAUAUAA